AUGGAUGUUGAUGAUCUUGAGGAGUAUGCUCAGAUUCCACCAGGGUCAUCAUCAAAGGGUUCCUUAAUCUACUUUUGCAUUCCUCCCGCAUCUUGUUCUAACAUAUAUUGUUGGUUAUAUCAAAAGAAAUCAAAAAUGGCUGGAGCUCCACCUGGGACUGCAAAAAUGAUCAUCAAGGAAAGAGGUAUUGGCAUGGUGUUGGGUUACAUUUGUGGUGUUGCAUGGAAAUACACGUAUCAUAAGGACCUGACCAGAAGGACCAAAUCCUUCUACCACAUGCUCGAUAAAGGUGAGAUCUUAGUGGUCGUUUCAGAAGACUAAUUAUUAUUCUAUCCGCAUAGCAUUCUAAAUGGUGACUUCUAAUAAGCAAUAUUUUUGUUGGUUUGAAUCGUUUACCUUUGUGGACACUUUUCCUGAAUUGAAAAUUGUAAAUAAAAGCACAACCUUGUAUUGGUUGCUUACAUGAGAUGAGUUCUGGUGAGA